AGUGAGUACUCGUAGUGCUUACAUGGCGAGAUCAUAACGAUCGAUUCAGUCUAGCGCAAAACUACGCAGUGUAGCGGACCCAAACCCGCCUCUGCUCCCGGAGUCCCACUCACUCAAACCCUAGGUUUUUUGGGCUCCCAAACCCUAGUUACUUUUGCGGCUUAAUACUCCCAUUUCCUCCCCUCUGGGAUACCCAAAACCCUCUCUCUCUCUCUCACCACAGCGCGGGAUUUUCACCAAGAUAUUUGGUCGUUAUAAGGCUAACGAGAAUGGAGGGCUCAGUCGACGAGAAGGCGAAAGCGGUCUCGUCUUCAGCAACGGACUCCUCCGCUUCCGAAGAAACCCUCAGCAAAAAUGCACGGAAGAAGGAAUUGAAGAAUAAGCAGAAGGAAGAGGAAAGGCGGCGCAAGGAGGAGGAGAAGGCGAAACAGGCUGCUGGCAUGGUGGAUUCCCAGGGUAAGAAAUCUGCAGCAGUUGAUGAUGAGGAUAUGGAUCCAACGCAAUACUUCGAAAAUAGGCUGAAAUAUCUUGCAGCCCAGCGGGCAGCGGGUGAGGAGCCAUAUCCUCACAAAUUCCCUGUUUCGAUGUCUGUCCUUGAAUAUAUAGAGAAGUAUGGAGUUUUAAGCUAUGGGGAGCAUCUUGAGGAUGUUACAGUAAAUUUGGCUGGGCGCAUCAUGAGCAAACGUUCAUCCUCUUCAAAGCUGUUCUUUUAUGAUUUACAUGGUGGCGGUGUUAAAGUCCAAGUUAUGGCUGAUGCUAGCAAGUCAGACAUGAAUGAAGCCGAAUUUUCUAGUUUCCAUUCUAAUGUGAAGCGUGGUGAUAUUGUUGGUGUAAAGGGGUUUCCAGGGAAAACUAAAAGGGGGGAGCUAAGUAUUUUUCCAAAAUCAUUCAUAGUCUUAUCACAUUGUCUCCAUAUGAUGCCGAGGCAAAAGGCAAAAGGUGCUUCUGACAACACCAAUUUGAAGGUGAAAAAAGAUGAAUGGUUUAAUGUUGUUAAGAGUUUACUUCAUGAUCUCACUGCUUUCUUACUAUUGCAGAAAGUCGAGUCAUGGGUCCCAGGAAGUACCAGAAAUCUUGAAACAUAUAUUUUGAAAGAUCAGGAAACUCGUUAUCGACAACGCUAUCUGGAUUUGAUGGUAAAUACAGAGGUUCGCCAAAUAUUCAGGACCAGAUCUAAGAUCGUCUCCUAUAUUCGAAGCUUUCUUGACAAUCUGGAUUUCUUGGAGGUCGAAACACCAAUGAUGAACAUGAUUGCUGGUGGAGCAGCUGCUCGUCCAUUUGUGACACAUCACAAUGACCUGAACAUGAAGUUGUUCAUGCGCAUUGCACCCGAGCUCUUUCUUAAGGAGCUAGUUGUUGGUGGGCUUGACCGUGUUUAUGAGAUAGGAAAACAAUUCAGAAAUGAGGGUAUUGAUUUGACUCAUAAUCCUGAGUUCACCACCUGUGAGUUCUACAUGGCUUUUGCUGACUACAAUGACUUGAUGGGGCUCACUGAGGAAAUGUUGAGUGGGAUGGUCAAGGAACUUACUGGUGGAUAUAAAAUUAAAUAUCAUGCAAAUGGGCUUGAUAAGGAUCCAAUUGAGAUUGACUUCACUCCUCCUUUUAGAAGGAUUGACAUGAUAGAGGAAUUAGAGAAAAUGGCAAACCUCAAUAUUCCCAAGGACAUCUCCAGUGAUGAUGCCAACAAAUAUCUCAAAGAUGCAUGCAUGAAGUAUGAGAUUAAAUGCCCCCCUCCUGAAACAACAGCACGUUUGUUGGACAAACUUGUAGGGCACUUCUUAGAAGAGACGUGUGUAAAUCCCACUUUUAUAACCAACCAUCCUGAAAUAAUGAGUCCUUUGGCGAAGUGGCAUAGAGAGAAACCAGGCCUUACUGAACGUUUUGAAUUGUUCAUUAACAAGCAUGAACUCUGCAAUGCAUACACCGAAUUGAAUGAUCCUGUGGUACAACGCCAGCGAUUCGCUGAUCAACUCAAGGACCGGCAAUCGGGUGAUGAUGAAGCAAUGGCUUUGGAUGAAACGUUCUGUAUGGCUCUUGAGUAUGGGUUGCCUCCAACUGGUGGUUGGGGAUUGGGUGUUGAUCGGCUAACUAUGUUGUUAACUGAUUCUCAAAACAUUAAGGAGGUUCUUCUCUUCCCAGCCAUGAAACCUCAAGAUGAAUCUUCUGCUAAAGCAACUACAGGAGCUUAGGAAGUUGGAGAUGAACUUACAAAAAGAAAAAAAUGAAGUCCGAAACGCUGAAAGUUGGAACUACUUUUUUUAUUUCCUCAACCCCCAAAGUUGUGGGGUUGGCAUUGAUCGUUAUAGAGUUGCUUUCUUUUAUUUGACCCUGACUGAUCGGUAUAGUUUAUAACGGCAUACCAUGCCUGUUUAUUUUUGAGAUGAUAUCGCUCCAUUUCUUGCAAAUGAAGUACCAUGUUGAAUUUUUUGAUA